UAAACACUCCCACCUUCCAAGAAAUUGCACUUUUUUGGCUUCUUUCUCCUAUGUCAUCACAAAAGUCCAAAACUAACUACUCUCUCUUUCUCUAACCUAUAAAACUGUACUAUUUUUUUUUUCUCCCCCCAUCCAAUUAAGGUACAACUCUUUAAGCAGAAAGUACAACCAUCUAAAGCACUACCUUCACUCCAAAGCUCAAUUUCUUCAACAAACAUGGCUUCCAAUUCAAGAUUCCAUUUGGGUAUUUCUCUUCUCUUCAUAUUAACCCCUUUUACCCUCUCUUUCAUACUCAGCCCAUCACCACAGCCAGAACCAAAACCGACAAUAUAUGAUAUUCUCCCAGAUUUUGGGCUUCCACGUGGCAUCUUUCCAGACACUGUGGAAUCCUUUAAUCUUGAUAAAGAUGGAAACUUUGAAGUUUUUUUAAAGACCCCUUGUUAUGUAGAGUUUGAAUAUUUGGUUUAUUAUGCUGAAAAGAUUAGUGGAAAGCUAAGUAUUGGGUCAAUGACUGAGUUAAAAGGGAUUGAAGUGAAAAGAUUCUUUUUUUGGUUCAAUGUUAAUGAAAUUAGAGUUGAUUUGCCACCUUCUGAUAGUGUUUACUUUCAGAUUGGGUUUGUUAAUAAGAAGCUUGAUGUGAAUCAGUUUGAGACUAUUCAUUCUUGUAUGAAUAAUGGAAUUUGGUUGAGCUCUUGUGGUGGAUCUUUGAGACAAGUUCUACAGGUAUGUUAACAUGACUUACAAAUGAGAAAAAGUCACUACAAGUAGAGCAGUCUUAGGUUGAGAAAAUAAUAAUAUUACUUGAGCAAAAGUUACAAGUCAUUCCUUCGGUGAUGGCCAGUUGGUUUGGAGAGCAGUUAUCCAUACAGAUGAUCUGAGAUUGAUCACCUCUCAAUGUCUUCUAGGCAGAGCUUGUCGCACAGCGGUUGCCUAGUACGGUUUACAUCCUUUGUGUGAUUUGUAGGCUAUUACACAUUAGGGAAUUUACCCAGUAUACACAAAGUACUCACCAUAAAGUGUUCAUCCGAAGAGCAAAGACUGUGCCAAAGAUUGUGGCAGAGACUAUAGAGGUGGCUGGUUUUCCUUGAUUAAAAGAAAAAGCUACCAGUCAACCCCUAAAUAGUUGACUAAUGGAUUUGAACAAUUUGUUAUUUUAAUGUGAAAACCGUAAUAAGCUAGGUUUUAGGCAAGAGUUCGUGUUAUAUAGUCUGCUCUUUUAAGAGUGUGUGUAUAGUUUGUUUUAUAGUAUUAUUUUUGUGCCAAGAUAAGCAGAAUUCUCUCUGUAUUCUUCUCCUCCCUAUGUUUUGCUCAUUAUUUUCUCGUGUCUCCAAAUUUAUAACUUACCUUUACAGAGUAGCUGUUGAGUUUUUGUUUAAGAUGAAAUAGUCUUAAAAUUAGAGUGAAUGGGAAAUGGGUUUUGGAUUCGG